CAAAAAAAACGCGAGAGAAUAAAGAAAGCGAGAGGUCCAAUUUCUUUCCCUUUUGCCCUUUAUUUUCUCCCAUCUUUUGUAUAAUUUAAGCUAGAGCUCCAAGCUCCGCUGAUCCCGCCAUGCGAGCACACCUGCGUCCGCUCCCACGGAAGUUUUUCUUGGAACGAAGAAGGCAGCGGGUUCUUGGUUGGGCUUCGUAGAGAUAUCGGGAUGUCUCAAGAAUUCCAUGGCCCGAGCACCCGCGAUCUCCUCCGUAAUGCCUGCGCUGGCGCCUCUGCUGGGAUGAUUGCGGCCACUUUCGUGUGCCCGUUGGAUGUGAUCAAGACGAGGCUUCAGGUUCAUGGGCUGCCCAGUCUUCCGUCCUCGGCUCGUCGGGGAAGUCUUAUUGUCUCAAGCUUGGAACAAAUAAUAAAAACUGAAGGCUUUAAAGGAAUGUACCGAGGUCUUUCUCCAACAAUUUUGGCAUUGCUUCCAAACUGGGCCGUAUACUUCACUGUUUAUGAUAAGCUCAAAGGGAAACUUCUUUCACAUGCUGACAUAAAUAAUCAAUUAUCAAUAGGAGCAAACAUCAUUGCUGCCUCAGGUGCAGGAGCUGCAACAGCCAUUGCAACCAAUCCAUUAUGGGUUGUUAAGACCAGACUCCAAACACAGGGAAUGAGACCUGGAGUUGUGCCAUACAGAAGCAUAAUGUCUGCACUAAAAAGAAUUUCACAUGAAGAGGGCAUCCGAGGUUUAUAUAGUGGUCUUCUUCCUGCCUUGGUGGGUGUUAGCCAUGUCGCCAUCCAGUUUCCAGCUUACGAAAAGAUAAAAUCAUACUUAGCAAGAAGGGAUAACACAACUGUGGAUAAGCUCAGUGCCGGCAAUGUAGCUAUUGCUUCCUCACUAUCUAAAAUACUUGCCUCAACAAUGACUUAUCCUCAUGAGGUUGUAAGGUCCAGGCUGCAGGAACAAGGCCAUGCACGCAGUGCUGUAAACCAUUAUGCUGGUGCUCUGGAUUGCACUAAGAAGGUCUUCCAAAAGGAUGGCAUCCGUGGCUUUUACCGUGGCUGUGCCACGAACUUAUUAAGAACCACGCCAGCCGCUGUCAUCACUUUCACCAGUUAUGAAAUGAUUCAAAGAUUUUUGCGUCGAGCUUUUCCACCUAUGCAAAACCACUCAGGAGCUUGCUCAGAACCUUUGAGUCAUACUAAAUCAAAGCAAGUUAGCGUUAGUACUGGAGAGAAGAAAGAGGAUAGUAGUGCCCAGACAACAAAACCAAUUGGCAAAGAGAGAACUCACCGCAGGAAGCUGAUGGUUCCUGUUCCUGACAAACUUGUUUGGUAAAUGUAAUGCAUUUUAGUGGAAAAUGAGAGAAGUCCUUUAAAGGUGUAAUUUUUUUUAAAUAAGUCUAAAUUAAAUAUUUUUUUUGUCAUUGUUAUAUGGGAGAGGAGCCCCCAAUCUUGUCUGUUUCAUAACUCUUCUUGAAUAAAUAGCCUUGAACUAGUCUAUUCUGUCUUUCA